GUAGCUCUUCAUCCGAAGAUAUGUAAAAUUGCAGAGAAGAAUCCGGAAGUGGAGUUUCUACAAGUGAAUUACGAAGAACAAAGAAGUCUAUGCCAAAGUCUUCACGUUCAUGUUCUUCCCUUCUUCCGCUUCUACCGUGGCUCCUCAGGCCGCGUUUGCAGCUUCAGCUGUACUAAUGCCACGAUAAAGAAAUUCAAGGAGGCGUUGGAGAAGCAUGGGAGAGAACAAUGUAGCAUCGGAAAGGCCAAGGGGCUUGAAGAGAAAGAGUUAGUGGCCAUGGCUACAAAUAAGGACCUGUCUUUUGAUUAUAAGCCCAAAACUAAUGGAGAAAACCCGAGGGGAAAAAGAAACGGAUAUGUUUCCCACAAUAUCUCCAACCUCAAAAGAUCAAAAUGA